AUGGAAAUCACCAGUUUGGAAACCAAUCAAGAACAAGUUGCAGAAUCGAUCACAAGUUGCAGAAUCGAUCACAAGUUGCAGAAUCGAUCACAAGUUGCAGAAUCGAUCACAAGUUGCAGAAUCGAUCACAAGUUGCAGAAUCGAUCACAAGUUGCAGAAUCGAUAACAAGUUGCAGAAUACAUCAUAAGUUGCAGAAUCGAUCACAAGUUGCAGAAUCGAUCACAAGUUGCAGAAUCGAUCACAAGUUGCAGAAUCGAUCACAAGUUGCGGAAUCGAUCACAAGUUGCAGAAUCGAUCACAAGCUGCAAAACCGCAAGUUGCCUAAAGACAAGUUGCAGAAUCACAAGUUGCAAAAUCACAGGUUGCAGAAGCACAAGUUGCAAAAUCGCAAAUUGCCUAAUGACAAGUCGCAUAAUGACAAGUUGCAGAAUCAUAAGUUGCAGAAUCACAGGUUGCAAAAGCACAAGUUGCAAAAUCGCAAGUUGCAAAAUCGCAAGUUGCCUAAUGACAAGUUGCAAAAUCACAGGUUGCUUAAGCACAAGUUGCAGAAGCACAAGUUGCAGAAGCACAAGUUGCAGAAGCACAAGUUGCAAAAUCACAGGUUGCAAAAUCGCAAGUUACCUAAUGACAAGUUGCCUAAUGACAAGUUGCCUAAUGACAAGUUGCAUAAUGACAAGUUGCAGAAUCAUAAGUUGCAGAAUCACAGGUUGCAGAAUCACAGGUUGCAGAAGCACAAGUUGCAAAAUCGCAAGUUGCCUAAUGACAAGUUGCAAAAUUACAGGUUGCAUAAGCACAAGUUGCAGAAGCACAAGUUGCAGAAGCACAAGUUGCAGAAGCACAAGUUGCAAAAUCGCAAAUUGCAAAAUCGCAAGUUGCAAAAUCGCAAAUUGCAAAAUCGCAAGUUGCCUAAAGACAAGUUGCAGAAUCACAAGUUGCAAAAUCACAGGUUGCAGAAGCACAAGUUGCAAAAUCGCAAGUUGCCUAAUGACAAGUUGCAUAAUGACAAGUUGCAUAAUGACAAGUUGCAUAAUGACAAGUUGCAUAAUGACAAGUUGCAAAAUCACAAGUUGCAGAAGCACAAGUUGCAGAAGCACAAAUUGCAAAGUCGCAAGUUGCAUAAUGACAAGUUGCAGAAACACAAUUAG